AUGAUGCAUUUCAUGUUACUAUUCAGUCGUCAAGGCAAGCUUCGGCUUCAAAAAUGGUAUGUAGCUCAUCCCGACAAGGUGAAAAAGAAAAUUACCAGAGAACUUAUAACCACAAUUUUAGCCAGGAAACCUAAAAUGUGUAGUUUUCUUGAAUGGAAAGAAUUAAAAAUUGUCUAUAAAAGGUACGCAAGUCUGUAUUUUUGUUGUGCUAUUGAACAGAAUGACAAUGAACUUCUUACUUUGGAAAUCAUUCACCGCUAUGUUGAAUUAUUAGACAAGUAUUUUGGCAGUGUCUGUGAGCUGGAUAUAAUAUUCAACUUCGAAAAGGCAUAUUUUAUACUGGAUGAGUUAUUAUUGGGUGGGGAAAUACAGGAGACUAGUAAGAAAAAUGUACUCAAGGCUAUUUCAGCUCAGGAUCUCUUGCAAGAGGAAGAAACACCUCAAACCUUUUUUGAAGACCAUGGCCUCGGUUAA